CUUUAGCAUAUAAAUAUAGUGUAAGGAAGGGACAAUCAUUCAUUCAUCACCUUCUUUUAUAUAUCAUCUCAUCAAAGCACUUGUUGGUUUCAGCUUUAAUUUCCUUCAUUCCCAACAACAUGGACUUUCCUCUUCUACUACCCAUCUUUGCUAUACUUAAUUUAGUUGUGGUAGCAACCCAUGGUGGUGCCUUAUCUCCUGAACUUUACUGGAAGUCAGUGCUUCCCACAACACCCAUGCCAAAAGCCAUCACUAAUAUCUUGCACCCUGAUUGGAGGGAAGAGAAAAGCACAUAGAAAGCCCGGGGCCACUGCAGUCAACGUUGGCCACGGAGGGGUCCACGUUAACACCGGAAAAGGGACCAAUGUCAACGUUGGUGGCAAAGGUGGAGUUAGCGUCCAUGCCCCAGGUACACUUUCCAUUACCUUUAUCCUUUUCUUGUCUGCUGCUGCUUCAUCUUCCAUUGCCUUUGGAAUUAAAGGUGAAGAAAAGUAUUGUGCAACUUCAUUAGAAUCUAUGGUAGAUUUCAGCACAUCGAAACUUGGAAAAAAUGUUGAUCUAGUGUCUACCGAAAUAAGCAAAGAAACAAAGCUGCAGAGUUACAAGGUUGCAGCCGGUGUGAAGAAGAUAAACCAUGGGAAUAAAGCUGUUGUGUGCCACAAACAAAAUUAUCCUUAUGCUGUGUUUUAUUGCCACAAAACAGAAACUAUCAUGGCUUUCAAGGUGCCUUUGGAGGGUGCUGAUGGAAGCAGAGUUAAAGCCGCCGCCGUCUGCCACACCGAUACCUCUGGAUGGAACCCCAAGCAUUUGGCUUUUCAAGUGCUGAAAGUUAAGCCUGGAACACCAGUGUGCCACUUCCUUCCUGAGGAUCAUGUUGUCUGGGUUUCCAAGUAGAUGUGCCAUUUAAUGUAAGCUUAUGAAUAAUAACUAAUAGAACUUGAUUUGGAUGUUUUUUUUUUGGAAUUCGUAUAGUACUUAUUUACAUAAAAAUAUUUUUAUGUAAAAAUGAUAGUUAAGAUUGAUAUUCACACGACGUAAUUUUAAUAAUUAUUGACUAUCAUUUUUACACAAAAAUAUUUUUAUGUAAAUAGCUACCAUUAUAUAUAUAUAAUCUUGCUAGUGUUUCGUGUGGUUUUCUUGCACAUUACCUAGCUUAUAUUAUUAUGUAGAAUUUAGAUACGAUAUAUGAUAUAUGAUAUAUCAUCAUAUGUAUUUUAUGAACAUUUAUACUUCAUAUUAUAUGAUAUAUUAAUUAUUGUGGCUUCA